AUGUUUCGUCGAAAUGACCAAACGUUUAUGGAAAUCAUCCUUGUAUUGAAGAAACAAGCUGCCAAGUGUAAUUUCGGUGAUCAACUUCAUGUGCAACUGAGAGAUCGAUUAAUUGCAGGAAGUAACAUACCGAGUUUGGAAAGAGAGCUGUUAAAAAUACCAAACUGUUCCUUUCAAGAUGCUAGAACUGCAUGUAUUAACUACGAAGCAGUCAAUGAACUUGAUAUCCAGUCGAUGAAGAUUCCUAAUACUUUGCUUAGUCUUCGUGAUGAACUACAAUCUCAGGGUCAAUCAAACUUGCGUUCAUUUAACAGUGAUUCCUAUUGA